UACACGCCCUUUUGUAAUUAUUCAUGAUGUUGCGUGUGUAACGUUAGCCUGUACUUCUGAUUUCUCACAAGAAGGGGGGCAUUUAAUUGCACGGUCUCAUUGACUGUAGGGUUGUCAUAUCCAGCAUCUGAAGACCAGCUUGAGGAAGGAGGGUAAAACGAUAUUCAUCAUGUCUGACGAAGGGAAACUUUUCGUCGGAAGCUUGAGCUUCGACACCACAGAGGAGAUCUUGGAAGAGGCCUUUUCAAAGUACGGGAACAUCUCGAAAGUUGACGUGAUCAGAGACAGGGAAACGCACAGGUCGCGAGGCUUCGGUUUUGUGACGUUUGAAAACCCCGACGAUGCCAAGGACGCACUGGAAGGCAUGAACGGAAAGACUCUCGACGGCAGAACCAUCCGAGUAGACGAAGCUGGCAAGUCUGGAUCGAGGUCUGGUGGUGGAUAUAGAGGCGGACCCUCCGGCGGCAGAGGGGGCGGAUUCUUCAGAGGUAGCAGGGGUGGAAGAGGUGGUGGAGGAUAUGGAGGUGACAGGAGUUACGGAGGAGACCGGAGCUAUAGCGGUGGUGGUGACCGUGGUUACGGUGGCGGAUAUUCCCAAAGGAGUGGUGGUGGCAGAUACUCCAGUGGUGGUGGUGGUGGCGGCGGCGGCGGCGGCGGCUACUACAGAGAUAGGGAACAGUCCAGCUAUGGUGACCGCUCUGGAUCCUACAGGGACAGCUAUGACUGAGAGUUACGCCCACGAAUAAAAAUCCCUCCUGAUUCAAGACCAUCCCUUCGCUGGCUGUAUUUAUAAAGAUGCGCUCUUCGAAGAAUUUUUGUUUUUUCUCGUCCUGCAGUUUUUUUUUUCCUUUUCUUUUUUUUUUUCUUGUGAUCUGAAUUGAGGUAUAUUUCCAUUUCAGCGGGCGAUGGAGUGGACAUGGCAGCGUUAGGAGGUGACUACUCUUGUUGCGUUUCAUUUUGGUCUCUGUAAAAUGGCGAAACUGUUCACAAAGGGUUCCUGUACCACAAGCUCAAUACUUAAUGUUGGCCCCGAAUAGGGCUGUGUAAAGGGGAAACCGAACUAAAACUUUACGGCUGUUUUUAAAAUAAAUUUCUCUAUACAAACGGGCUUGUUCCGCGAGUAAGCAUCUGCUGGUAAACACAGCCUGGUAGCUUUAACAACUUUAAUAACCCCCCCCCCCCAACCUGUUUGUAAUAAAGUCUCAAGACCGAGAUCCCGCCAAAACUGGUUCACAGCGGAACAUCUCCCACAUGUUAACUGACCUUUGACCUGUUUAAGGUCCCACAUUAAAACUUUAUUUUAAAUGCUCACUUCCAUUUUUUUUUUCUUUCCAUCAAUUCAUGAUAGACUGUGACAUGCCUCAUAGUUUUCUGUAAUUCUGUAAUGGCAUUUCUUUAGUGUAGCAAGGUUGGAAUUUGCUCCUUUCCAAUAAAUCGCCACAAUAUGGCACAAGACUUUUUUUUUUAAAAAAACCUGCAGCCCACAGCCCUGCUACCAAGUACUUCUGCUCAGCUUUAUAUAUAUUUUUUUGUUUUUCAUUUUUAAUAUGUUCUGUUUUCCUGGGCUGAAAUGUCCUCCUGCGCUUUGACUUCAAAACAACACCUGUUACUGCCAAUAUUGUCCAUGCUUGGAAAGGAAUGUGCUUUUUGUUCUGUCUCAAAAUGACCUUUAAGAAUUUUUUUGUUUGUUUUUGGGUAACUUCCGGCUUCAUGAAGCCUAUUAAAACAGUUGGUGAAAGUA